UUAGGUUUAAAUUUAUAAUUUAUCUGCCUCGCUGAAACGAGUUGUAUCAUAAAAGCAGUUUGUUAGCGUAACGGGUUAAAAUGGACUUUAAUAAAUACAAAUUUGGCGUUUUCUGCCUGAUGCUGCACUUCUAUGUGUCUAAAGCGACAGGCGAUGUAGAAUGUAGUGACAACUGUUUACAUCUAGAUGACGAGAAGCCAGCAUGUGACCUUAUGACAAAAGCAUGUAUGUACGGGUGUCAAAACGGCUUCAGUGGACCAGACUGCUCUCUAGAAUGUAAAACGUGUAAAGCUAAUGAAAGUAUGAGAUGUAGUGGCUACUGCCAUAAGCCGAAGGGUCCCAAUAUACUUGUUUGUAAUGUGACUUCCGGUCAGUGUCUAUACGGAUGCGUCAAGGGCACAUAUUGGGGCGAAAAUUGUACAAACAUUUGCAACACAGAAUGCCAAGGUCAGAAAUGUGACUUCAAGACUGGAGAAUGUACACAUGGAGGAUUUAAAGGGCGUAACUGCAAUGAAAGAAAAAAAUCCGGUUUAGCCGAUUGGGAAAUUGCUGUGAUAGUCAUUGGAAUUGUCGCCGGAUUGAGCUUUAUAUUCCUCGUUAACUAUGUACUAUGUAAAGUUAUGAAAAGAAACUAUGAUGCAGUCAGAAGAACAGAACGCAACAUCGACUAAACACCAACAUUUACAAUAUACAUAGUCACGUUCAUACAAUUUUAAAGAAAGUAACAUAAAAGA